GGAGUGGUGCUGGUUCUUUCUAGCUGAAAAGAGAGCCCUCGACGUGUUUUGGUGUUCCUAGAGACAGCAGCCAUGAGGAGUGUCCUGGUGCUGGUCUGCCUGCUGGGCAUGGCGUGUGCCUUCUCGGUCAAGAGCUGGCUGCGGCGACCCAAGUGGGACAACUCGGAAGAGAACGCGGUUUUCAAGAGCCGGCACCGGCAUUACCUGUACAGGUACAUCUACGUGUAUCCCCCGCAGCGACGGUACCAGGGCAGUGACUCAUCCGAGGAAGAGGGGGAUGGCUCGGAGGAGGAGGAAGGGGGGGAGCCAUUUUAUGCUGGCACCAAGGCAGCUGGACACCCUGCUGGAGCAGCUCCUGGGGACUGCCAGGAUGCACUGGGAGGAUAUGUCUCAUCCCCCCAGCAGGGCAAGGACUGCCAAGGCACCCUGAAAGGGAUCAGGCAGAGGAUUGCCAGCAAGGGGGAGGACUCUGAAAAUGAAGACAGUGAUGAGAAUGAGGAGGAAGAGGAGGAAGAGGAGGAAGAAGAAGUAGAUGAGAAUGAGAAUGGUGUCAAUGGCACAAGCACCAAUACCACAGAGGGUAUUGGACCUCAUGGCAACGGCACUGUGGCAGCUGAGGAGGGCACUGGUGAAGCUGAGGAAGAGGAGGAGGAAGAAGAAGAAGAGGAAGAGGAGGAGGAGGAGGAGGAGGAGGAGGAAACCGAAGCCACCACCAUCCCAAGCACCACCAACGACGAGGGUCUGACCCAGGCGACAACUAUGGAUGAUGGGGGACCCACAGACGCCACCACAGACGCCACCACAGAUGCCACCACGGCUGGGGAGCUGUGGGAGUACGAUGUGACAGCCAGGGAGCACAGCCGGGGCGAGGAGGGCACCACCGAGCCGGGGUACGAGGAGCAGGACGAGUACGCCCGCGGGGACAGCUACCGCGCCUACGAGGAUGAGUACGGCUACUACAAAGGGCACGGGUACGACGUGUAUGGCCAGGAUUACUACUACAGCCAGUGAGCAGGGGGACAGCCCUGCUGCUGUCCCUGCCUGCCCAGCCACUCAGGAAGCUGCACCAAAGGCUCCCUGGAGCCACCGCAC